AUGGAGUCCUCAUCCAUCGACUCCGUUGUAGAGGAAACGCCGCUCGAAAUGGCCUCUGACGACCGUAUCGACGCCCCCGGCGAGCCCGUCACUUCCGAACGCCCGCCCCUCAAGACCCGUCAUCGCAUCCUCAACAGUAUACAACGGAUGGGUUCCUCUCAGAGUCUGAUAGGAAUUACAAGGCCACGGUCGCAGAGUCUGAGAAGCGGCGGCAAGGCAUCAAUAUCCUGUGUCUCGCUAACUUCGGGAGGCUCCUCUUAUUCCUACUCGUACCCUUCUGAGCUGUCGGCUGGAUACUCUACGGCACCCACGUCUGUAGCAAAUACACCGGGCCCUAGUCCCGUCUUUGAUGAUAAACCUCGCCUAAGGACAGUUACUCCGAACGGACCAUCAUCGAUACCGCUUCCCUCGGACCUGCGACCCUGGUCUCGAAAUGGCGCUGAAGCAGAGGGUGACUACUUCUCCCAGCCGCUGAAGAAGAAACCUGAGCGCAGACCAAACUUCAACUUCUGGCGGGACUUGCCCAUGGAAAUUCGAAUGUACAUCCUUCGGCAUCUCCCACCGAAAGAGAUCGUCCGCCUCUCUGCGGUAUCAAAGUCAUGGCAUGCCAUGUGCUUUGACGGUCAGCUAUGGCGCUCACUCGACACGAGUGAAUUUUAUCGGGAUAUUCCCGCAGAGUCUCUCGUUAACAUCAUUACCUCCGCUGGACCAUUUGUGCGGCAUUUGAAUCUUCGAGGCUGUGUCCAAUUGUACAAAAAUUGGUACCGGGAUGGAUUCAACGACGCAUGCAAGAACUUGGAGAACUUGUCUUUGGAGGGAUGCCGAAUUGACCGUACAGCUAUACACUCCUUCCUUCUGCAGAAUUCGCGGCUUGUGAGCAUCAAUCUUUCGGGCUUGGCUGGAGCGACGAACACAGGCAUGACCAUCAUUGGAGAACAUUGCCCCCGUGUGGAGCAUUUGAAUGUCUCUUGGUGUCACAACAUCGAUACUCGCGGACUCAAGAAAGUGGUAGAAGGAUGUCCCAACUUGAAAGAUCUUCGGGCUGGCGAAGUGAGGGGAUUCGAUGACGUCGACUUGAUGAAUGAGCUUUUCAAGAGGAAUACGCUGGAGCGACUUGUACUCAUGAACUGCGACAGUCUGAGCGACGAAUCACUGACAGCUCUAGUAGAGGGUGUCAACAGCGAGGUUGACGUCCUUACUGGACGUCCCAUUGUGCCUCCACGUCGGUUAAAGCACCUCGAUUUGACGCGAUGCCGUGGGAUUUCUGACGCAGGCGUGCGCAGCCUGGUCGGGAACGUACCGAAUCUUGAAGGACUCCAGCUUUCCAAAUGCCACAGUCUCACUGACGAAGUUUUGACUGAGCUCCUGCCCAGUUGCCCAGUUCUAACCCAUUUGGAGCUUGAAGAGCUCGAGCAUCUAACAAACGAAGCCCUCAAGACACUCUCAACGUCGCCUUGCGCUCCAUAUCUCCAGCAUCUUUGCAUUUCAUACUGCGAAAAUCUGGGCGACCUUGGUAUACUCGCUAUCCUGAAAGGGUGCACGAGUAUCGCUUCGCUCGAGUUGGACAACUCUCGGACCUCGGACCUGGUACUGGCUGAAGCCGCGUCCGUGAUGAGGAAGCGCAACCGUGCCGCUAAAGCCCGUUCUGAAUCUGGAAGUCUGCAUAUUGGAUUGAAGAUGGUGGUCUACGACUGCCCCAACGUCACUUGGUCCGGCAUUCGCGAGGUCCUCUAUCGUAAUGAGGAGAUUGCCCGACUUGCGGCAAGCGCAGAUGGCACAGCACCGACGUAUCCCCACCAGAUCAUCGGACUCAAGUGCUUCUAUAACUGGCAACCGACCGUUGAGGAACACACGAAAAGAGUCCUGCGUGGGGAUAUUGAAGCAGCCAACCGUCUGCAGAAGGGGUGGGCAAAGUUUAUGAUCCUGAACGAGGAAGCGGGAGUAAACGGAUCGGGUACAAGACGGCGGCGCAGGAGAGCUCGCGAAGCGCAAGAGAUGUACCAGAAUGAGGAAGACGGUGGAGCUGCGGGAGCAGGUGGUCCACAACAGCGACUUCCAGUCAUCAAGCGGACCGGUGCAACUUCGUUGAUGGAUGCUUUCAGAUUACGGUCCUUACCUCCAGAUAUGUACUACAUCCCCAACUUCAUUACUGCCGAAGAGGAGGCAUCCAUCUUGGUAAAGAUUCCUGCCCAGAGAUGGGUGACUCUCUCUCACCGGCGCCUACAAGCACAUCCAUCGACGCUCACCAAAACGAAUACACUCCUUGCGGCUCCGUUGCCAUCUUAUCUCUUGGACCCCAUCGUCGACCGUUUCAGUGAACUUGGAAUAUUCGAUCAUACUCCGCACAAGAAACCGAAUCAUGUCCUCAUCAAUGAGUACAAGAAAGGAGAAGGGAUCAUGAUGCAUGAGGAUGGUAGUGCGUAUGCGUCAGUGGUAGCAACCGUCAGCCUCGGAGCGGCAAUCUGUCUCGAACUUGCGUGGAAGAAAGAAAAGCUGGAAUCCCAAGGUCUUGAUAUAUCGUCGUACAACCUUCCCACGCGCAUACUCCAGGAACCACGGUCGCUGCUAAUCACUACCGGAGCAGCGUACGCGGAUUUGCUGCACGGGAUCUCUCCCAUCGAAGUCGACCAAGGCUUGAGCGCAGAGACGGUUGCCAACUGGGAGUUCUUGGGUGAUCGGACGCCAUUCGAGAAUGCUGGGGGCCAGAAUCAUCGUGGUACCAGGAUCAGUUUGACUUAUAGGGAUGUGUUGAAGGUCAGCUCUGCCGCUAGCAAGGUCUUUGGUGGACUGGGAACGCGAUGA